GAGAGCAAAUGAAAACAGAAUCUGCGGCAGGCAGCGACCCAGACACAAAUAGCUCCUGACGAUUCAUCGGAGCCUUCCCAGGCCCCUGGUCUCGGUUCCCGGCCUCGCGCGUCCUGAUCCCAACAGCUGUACAAGCCGUCGUGGGGACCGGCAGCAACUUCGCCUGGAUCACACUUGGGCACAGUGCGGGAGAGCCACGCGCCGCCGCCCUCGCCUGGGCCGCGCCGCGACCCGCCUGCUCAGCGCCCCCUUGGGCUCCGGCGAGCCUUUGCCGGGUAACGGUCGCGACGGAUUGCGAUGCCAGGGCGUGCUCCCUUCCGUGGGGCCCUGGGGACACUGGGCACUUGGCUGCUGGGUGGCUUUUGGGUCUGGGCGCUGGGCAGCCUCUGCGGCCUAAGGGCGGCAGUGCCGCCAGCGGGCACCUGGGGCAACUCCGGGGAGCCGCGCCCGUGCCAGGCGCCGCAGCAGUGGGAGGGCCGCCAGGUGCUGUACCGGCAGAGCAGCGGGCGCAACAGCCGCGCCCUGCUCUCGUACGAUGGGCUCAACCAGCGCGUGCGGCUGCUGGACGAGAGGAAGGCGCUGAUCCCUUGCAAGAGAGAAAUUUCCAAAGGAUUCCCUCUCCCCACAAACAUCCCUUUAGGUGUUGAAUGCUGGAACCAAUUUUACCCCUACCUACAAAAGAGACUAAAAAUAUUAUUUGAAUAUAUUUUGCUCUAUAAAGAUGGAGUGAUGUUUCAGAUUGAACAAGCCACCAAGCAGUGCUCCAAGAUCACUCUGACGGAACCCUGGGACCCGCUUGACAUUCCUCAGAACUCCACCUUUGAGGACCAGUACUCCAUAGGGGGGCCCCAGGAGCAGAUCACCGUCCAGGAGUGGUCUGACAGAAAGUCAGCUAGAUCAUAUGAAACCUGGAUUGGCAUUUACACAGUCAAGGAUUGUUAUCCUGUCCAGGAAACCUUCACCAAAAAUUACAGUGUGAUAUUGUCCACGCGGUUUUUCGACAUUCAGCUGGGCAUUAAAGACCCCACGGUGUUUACUCCCCCGAGCACGUGCCAGACGGCCCAGCAGAAGAGGAUGAGCGGGGACUGCUCCUGGUAAGCCUGCCAUCGUGAAAGUGACUGCACGGGACAGCAGACGCGGCGGCCUCCGCUCAGAACGGAUUUGAGGCUUGAGAGAUGAGAAUCUUCUUUGAAGAUAUGCCAUAAUUUUAAGAAGAUAAACAUUGGUGUGGG